AUGGCGGCCUCCUUAUUUUAUACGCCGCUGAGGUGGCUUCCCAGUGUUUCGCCGUUCAGAAGGGCCUACGGAGUUCAGGUUUUCCUCCAGAAUUUUUGCACCAAAGCUGCACCCCCUGAGGAAGAUGCUUUGCCCCCAGCUCUCAUUUCUCCUUAUGUGGAUGAACCCUGGAAAUACCUGGACUCAGAAGAAUACCAGACCCGCUAUGGUUCUCACCCUGUCUGGGCUAACUAUCGUCGUAACCACAAAGGUGGCAUACCACCACAGAGGACUCGAAAGACGUGUAUCCGAGGGAAUAAAGUUGCUGGGAACCCUUGCCCCAUCUGCCGGGAUCACAAGUUGCAUGUUGACUUUAGGAACGUGAAGCUCUUGGAACAGUUUGUCUGCGCCCACACGGGUGUUAUCUUCCACGCUCCAUACACAGGAGUCUGUAUGAAACAGCACAAGAGGUUGACCCAGGCCAUCCAGAAAGCCAGGGAGCAUGGUCUCCUCAGUUACCACAUUGCCCAGGUUGAACCCCGUGACCUCGACUUCAGUACUUCUCAUGGAGCUGUGAGUGGUACUCCACCAGCCCCCACUCUGGUUUCAGGAGAUCCCUGGUACCCAUGGUAUAGCUGGAAACAACCACCAGAGAGAGAGCUGUCCCGCCUCCGCCGUCUUUACCAGGGCCAUCUCCGUGAAGAGAGUGGCCCCCCGCCUGAGACAAUGCCUGAAGUGCCCUCUACAUCUCCAGCGGAAACCUCCUCUAUGGAUCAGGCCGGAGUCCAGAGUGUUCCAUAG